AUCAGCGCGCUGCAUUUUUCUCCCACAUUUACAAGUCGCUCGAACGGACGCAUUCCUACCAAAGAAAACAGAUAGUCUUAGAGACCAUGGCCAUGGCCACGGCAACAACCAACAACGAAGAAUACGACAGAGCCAAAGCGGUGAAGCACUUCGACGAUUCCAAGAUCGGCGUCAAAGGCCUUGUCGACUCCGGCAUCACCACCAUCCCUCGCUUCUUCGUUCACCCACCCGAGACCCUCUCAGAUCUCAAACUCAGCUCUGAAGUCCGACCCGGACCCGAUAUCAUCCCCUCCAUCGACCUCACUGGUAUCCACUCCGAUCAUCGCCGCGCUGUUAUCGUUGAGCAGAUCAGGCGCGCGUCCUCCACCUUCGGAUUCUUCCAGAUUGUCAACCACGGUGUCCCGUUGGGAGUUCUGGACCGUACGAUGGCCUCCGUCAAGGGCUUCCACGAGCAGCCGACGGAUAUAAAGGCACAGUUCUAUCGUAGAGGGACGGGAACCGGCGUUUCCUACUUGUCCAACGUCGACUUGUUUCAUUCCAAAGCCGCCAGUUGGAGGGACACCCUCCAGAUAAGAGUGGGUCCCCAGAUGGCGGAUGAGGAUCAAAUCCCUGAGAUAUGCAGAAAGGAGGUGAUUGAGUGGGACCGAGAGAUCAAACGGCUGGGAGAGCUCUUGGCGGGGCUGCUUUGUGAAGGGCUGGGAGUGGAGGCUAAGAGGUUGAAAGAGAUGACAUGUUUGGAAGGGAGAGUGAUGGUGGGCCACUACUACCCGUACUGCCCGCAGCCUGAUCUGACGGUUGGGCUUGCGUAUCAUACGGAUCCAGGGGUGCUGACCGUGGUGCAGGAGAACCAUAUUGGUGGGUUGCAGGUUAAGUAUGGUGGGGGUUAUGUGGAUGUUAAACCUAUCCCUGGAGCUCUUGUUAUUAACAUUGGGGAUUUGCUUCAGAUCAUAUCCAACGAAGAAUACAAAAGUGCAGAGCACCGAGUGUUGGCGAACCCCAAGAAUGAAGCACGUGUCUCGAUGGCGGUUUUCUUCAACCCAGGCAAUAGAGAUGACUUGUAUGGACCGCUGCCUGAGCUAACAUCACCGGAGAAACCUGCAAUUUACCGGCAGUUCACGUUAACAGACUUCAUGACCAGGUUUUUCAAGAAGGAGUUGGACGGCAAAUCUUUGACAAAUUACUAUAAGCUCUAAAGCACUGAUGACAAAUGGUAUGAACAAUAAUUUUAACACUUGUACUCAAUUGUAUACAGUGAAUAAAAGAAAAGCAAUUGGGAGACCUAAAUUCAUCAA